GGGCAUGAAGUUUACACGCAGCAGGGAAUCCUCUCACUGGAGCCGAUGAAUGCGGGGAGGGCUCUAGCGACCCGCCAGAGUGUAUAUAAGGAGAGGCGAAGGAAGCCACUGGUGUGAAACAUAGCCACAGCAACAGAUAGCCGAAAAGCUACAAAGCGAUACAGCACGCAGUCAUCUGGACAAAAAGGACAUUUCGAAUUAUUUAUUGACACCUUUUUCCUCAAACGACUACCUGCACAUUUUUGGGGAUAAUCGACGACCCCGUGCAUCAGAGGGAAAAGGACGCAUAAUUUGCAUCUGCUUUGUUUUAUUUUUUUUGUCUACCUACACUUACCUGGAUUGACAGACUUGAAAUCAAUCUCGCAAUCAUGCUGAACAACAUGGAUUUGAACUCUAAAGAUUCCUUCUACCCACAGUUUGAGAAUUGUAACGGUUCUUCCCUGGGGGUGGAAAAUAGCGCUCGGAAAGAUACCCAGGAGAUGUUUUCGGACGCAGAGAGAGGAGCACCUGCCCAGUAUACCGCUGAGGGAGCACCUGUAACCCUGAAAACUGAGGCCUCCAACUCAGAUUUCGCCUUUAAUCCCUGUGAGGGGCCCAAAGGCACCUCCUCCUCCCUCGCCUACUCAGGCAGAUUCUAUGUCGAGGCGACUCAGGGGGGCCCGUGCAGCACUGAGACAUUGCUCAACAUGAUCACAGAAAUUGUCGGUAUUUCUACGUUACCGAUCUCCGAAGUUCAACUGAGCACCAUGGACAGCAGCAGCUUCGGCGACGCGGGCGUCCAGAGGCAAUCCUCCACCUGCAGCGCCACCCCGCCCCUGUACUCGCCGGGGCAGACAUGCCCCAGAUACCCCGACGGUCAGUCCGGCGGCCAAGCUCAAGAUUCAACCUCUCCCCACGUGAGCUUCGGCUCCCCUGCUCAAGUCCGAAACCAGAACAGCACCACCGAGCCACAGUCAGAAGCUGCGUCUUUUCCAGUGGUGGUCAAGAAUGAAUUCGAUAGCAGCUGUUACGAAUGGGGCACGUUCAAUAAAUCGGACGCCUAUUUGGAAACGAGCUUCCAAACAUCAGAAACGUUCCCGAUGUCCAGUGACUUCUCGUCUGACCAACAAGUGGAUGUAAAGGAACUUUUGGACUCAUUUUCACCCAUGUGUCCUAACCCAGAGAUGGAGUUCAAAGUUGAAGGUGGAAUCAAGCAGGAGCAGUGCUAUUCUGACACCUGCUCUCAGAGUUUCUGCAGUUCUCUUUACCCCAACUACCCAGUGCCAGUCAUGGACCACUCAACCAACAACCUCCUCAAGCCAGCUAUGUUUCCCAACAUUGAACUUCCGCCAUUAUCUAAUCAAUGCGAUUCGUCUUGCCAGCUUACCUCACCAGCUUUACCCAGUACUAUAGACUCAAUUCUUUACUCCUCCUUGUUGCCAGACUCCUUUGCCCAAAGUUACACGCCGCGCGCGCAAAAGGCACCGCGUGUCAGGAAAAGCCCCGCCGCCUCUACUGGGCCUGCCAAAGAGAAACCCUUCACCUGCCCCAUGGAGAACUGCGACCGGCGCUUCUCCCGCUCGGAUGAACUCAACAGGCACAUCCGCAUCCACACGGGACACAAACCCUUUCAGUGCCGCAUCUGUCUGCGCAGUUUCAGCCGUAGCGACCACCUCACCACCCACACCCGGACUCACACGGGAGAGAAGCCGUUCUCCUGCGACAUAUGCGGCAAAAGGUUCGCUCGGAGCGACGAGAGGAAACGGCACGGUCGCGUGCACCUUAAACAGAAAGAAAAGAUGGAGCUGAAGCCACAAGUGAUCAGUGCGUGGCCAUUUACUCUUCCCGAGGGAAUUUGAAGAGACCCCAUUACGCACACGAGUAGCUCUGUCCACACAACCUUACAAUAUUUCCGUCGAAGAUAAAACGCUUAACAGUUCAUUGCUGAUUACAGGUCGACGUAUCAACGUUUGCGGUGUGACAUAUAGGUCGAGUGAAAUUGGUUUGAGUGUGAAAGUCUCUAUAGGGAGUCUAAGAAUAAGGAUGUUUUGCGAGUUAGAUUUGCAUAGUGCUAUAUCGGGGAGCGAAUUGUGAAAAGGGUCUGCUCUUUCGACCCUAGUUUACUUGCUGCUGCUGACUCUAUGCAAGACAUGCAUGACUUGAUUGUAAAACCUUCCCGAGUUGACAGCUCAACAGACACGUAUUGUGUUUCUCUGUUACAAUCAACCAAUUUGAUCAUUUCAAACCAAACACCAAGGCAUCAUAACGAAUGUCUUCACCAGUUCAGUACCCGUUCGUCUGGACAGCUCCAACGUCAAACCUCGACGAAGAAAUAUACCAUUAAGACAACGAACUGCAUCGAAAUUGCUGGGCUAUAUUGCACUUAUAUACCUAAUUUGAGAUAGCCUCUAUCCACUAGAAAGUCGUAUAUUUUUUGCUUUCGAGGCUUUUAUAACACUAACACUGCAACCAGUCAGAUAGUGGUUCUUCAAAUGCAUGUUUAUGUUCAUGUGGUAUUAUUAAAUAUAGCCAACAAAUAACUUAGUCCUCCACUUACCGAAUGGAAGUGAAAGAGACUUCGUUUUAUGACAUGAAUGUAACACAUUGUUCUUGGCUUUAGUCACAAAGCAGUCCAUUUGUGCCAAGGUUUUGAGAAUUUAUUUUGCUUUGCUGUUAGUAAUCUAUUGAUUGGUCUUUGUGUUGUAUUUAAAGAAAACUGGUUGAAUUAUUAAAUCGUGGAAGUUAUACCAUAAAUGGAAAAUAAAUAUAUUUGUAUGACUGUACUUUGUAUUUUUAUAGCUGUGUAUAUACAUAUUUCAAAAGACCACUGUUUAAUCUUGAAUUGUUAAAGUGUAAAAGGAUUUUUUAAACAAACUCACAAUGUUUUACGUGUACUUUUGGAGGGCUGGUAGCAAACAGUGUUUUAGAGAGAUUGUCAUUUGAUAUCAAAUAUAUUUCUAAGACAAGUAAAAGAUGACCUAACUGUUCCUAUAAUAGUGACUCGAAAUCUCAUUUGAUUCCACUGCUAAUCAGUUCGUGAUGAGGACUAUAGUAUUAAACUAGUAAGUCAUUAUACAUGGCUCUGGUACAGUACGAUGUACUGUAUUGUACUGUCAAGCCAGAAUUGACUAGCAGCACAACAC